GAGCAUCGCUGCCCGAUAUGUCCCCGCCCCAGGGGUGCCAAUAGAAGUCUGUGGUGGAGGCAGGUGUACCAACAUGACCACAGCUGACGAUGGCACCCUAACUGCUGUUGUGUCCGGGAGUGCCAACAGGAUUUUUGCAGAAGGGCGUGGGGCUGUCCGAGCGGGCAUCCAUCACCGCCUUCACGCCCUUCUUCUCGGACCUGACCCUCCCGCCCUCCGUCAGGCGCGGCGAAGUCCUCCCCGUCAGGAUCUCCGUCUUCAACUACCUCGACCAGUCUCUGCCGAUACGAGUGAUCCUUGAGGAAAGCCCGGAGUACGAAGUGGUAGAGGGAGAGGCAGAGAACGUCAGAGGAGGAUCGGCGAAGAGAAGGCAGACGUUCGAAUAUAGCGUCGUCCUCAGGGAAGCGACCGACCAGGAAAUCACGUACAAAGUCGUCAACUUAACCGAAAUCAGGGACCCGCGGGCGAAACCGCACGACCCCCCCGGCACGAAACGCAAACGCAGAUCAGCCUCAGAGGACCCGAGGCGCCCCGGGGACCUGCGCCGGAGGAGAGACCGAAAAGACAGGAGCCAGAGAGAGGCCCAGGGACGAGCGGAAUUCCCCCACAGGCAGGACCCAGAGGACGACCUGCCUGGGGCCGAGGGAGAGGGCGUCCCUCACCAUCCCGGUCCGGCCGCUGGUCGUGGGGGUCGUCAGCCUCACCGCCUCGGCCUUCGUGGACCACGGCAUCCCCGGGGGGGCCAAAACAGCGGUUUCUCUGUAGUGUUUUUUCUCUGUUUCCUUUUUGCUGCGUUCUCUUCCAAUCUCUCCUUACGCCCUUUCUUCCUCUCUAUCCCCCAGCGUUCUCUCUCCCUCCCUUUCCUCUUCAGCUUACCAACCUUCCCUCCACCGCCACAGAACCUGGGCUCCCUCCUCCGCCAGCCGGGCGGGUGUGGCGAGCAGAACAUGGCCAACUUCGCCCCCAGCAUCUACAUCAUGCAGUACCUGGAGGCGACCAAGCAGGCCACGCCGGAGAGCACAAGGAAACUCCUACGGGUCAUGAGGAUGGGAUACCAGCGGGCGUUGCUGUGCCGCCGGCGGGAUGGCUCCUUCAGCCCCUUCGGCAGCCGCGAUGACUCGGGCUCCACUUGGCUCACCGCCCUCGUACUCAAGUCCUUCGCGCAGGCAAAGGAAUUCAUCACUAUCGACGAAGAGGUUUUGCAAGACAUGCGGCAUUGGCUCGUCAAGAGCCGCCGGGACAAGGGAGGCUGCAUGGAGGGUGUGGGGCAGGCCUUCCUCAGAGACCUACAGGGCGGCCUCUCGUCAGACAAGCUUUCCCGAGAGCCACUGACGGCGUACGUGCUCGUCGCCCUCUACGAGUCGGGCAUGGACGUCGACAACGAGACCCUCAGCGCUCUGGCCCACUGCCUGGUCUCGGCCUCCAAGCGGACCAAGAGCGAGCCCUACGCCCUCUCCCUGAAGGCUUACGCCCUCGCCUUGGCCAAGGACCCGAGCGCAGAGGAGGUCCUGCAGAGGCUGACCCGCAUGGCCGCCGUCGACGAGACCGCCAUCUAUUGGAAGGCGGCGGGGAAUUCCUGGAGCGAGUCGGCCCGAGCGGUGGAGACGGCGAGCUACGCGCUCCUCGCCAUGGCGGCCCUGAGCCCGCGCAAGUACGCCGGAGAAGCCGAGAGGCUCGUCAGGCGGAUCGCCGGCGAGAGAAGCGGCCUCGGAGGGUUCUACACGGCGCAGGAUACAGUCGUCGCGCUGCAGGCCCUGUCCAUGUACGAGACGAUGUUCUACAGAGGCUCUCUCCACGCCACAGCCACCGUCACCGCCCAGGACUUCUCUCACGCCUUUGAGGUCACUGAAGACAAUAGGCUUCUGCAGCAGUUCGAGUCACUCCCGGCCUUGCCAACGGGUGUUCGCUUCGCCGUGGAAGGCCGGGGGUGUGUGGUUGUCCAGGCCGUUCUCCGCUAUAACAUCCCCGAAGCCGAAGCCAGCGCCGCCUUCAGCCUCCGCAUCAACGCAACGCACAACGACAGCGACAGGAAGUGCGCAUUGAGACACCUGGAGGUCUGCUCCGCGUACCUCCUCCCCGAAGGCGCCUCCGACAUGGCCGUCAUCGAGAUCAGGCUCGUCUCCGGCUUCGUCCCCCCGAGAGAAGGCCUCGAGACGGUCGUGAGCGGAAACAGCGACGCGAUCAAACGCUACGAGGUCGAGGGCAGCAAGGUGAUCUUCUACGUGAACGAGUUCGUCACGGGGAAGGAGCUUUGCGUGGGUUUUGGUGUCGUCCGCGAUGUGGAGGUCGAGGACUCCAAGCCGGGGACGGUGCUUGUGUAUGAUUAUUAUGAGCCUGCGGUCGCUGUUAGCAAGAAUUUCGAAUUCUUGCCGACGGAGGGAUGCUCGUGACAAGAUAGAACUUCAUGACACAAAACAUAAACACAUAAGCCUGUUAUAAGAUCAUGAAAAUAAUAUAAUCCACAGUAAAAAAAAGAGACAUAUAUUUCCAUUAGCAAAAAAUAGUGCCCUCCAGGCCGUAUAUGAAAUUAUUUAAAUUUGUAUGAAUAUAUAAAUUCAUUGUGGUUGAUGCAGACUGAAGCUGAACUUUUACAUAAUGAAAAAAUAAACAGAAAAGGUCUAUUUUUGUAUGUGUGAUAAUUGGAAAUCUAAAUCGGAAAGUAUCUGUGUCUACCAAUAAAGCUCCAAAUAUGUUUAUAAUAAACGAAUUUUCUUUCCAAA